CCCCUCACAUUUACCCACCCACAAUCUCUCUCUCUCUCUCUCUCUCUCUCUCUCUCACACACACACACACCAUGUCUGAAAACAAGGCCCUCAUCUUCAAGGAAAUCCCUACGGGGUACCCCGUCCCCGGACAGCACAUUGGCGUCGAGCCGGUCUCCUAUGACGCCAAUGCCGCCGCCCCCGAGAACGGCAUCUUCAUCCAGUCCCUCUACGCCAGCUUCGACCCCUACAUGCGCGGCCGCAUGCGCCCCGCCGAGGUCAAGUCGUACUCGCCCGCCAUGAUCCUGGGCCAGCCCAUCGACAGCGCGAUUAUUGGCAAGGUGCUGCGCUCCAACCACGCCGACUACAAGGAGGGGGAUCUCGUGCAGGGCUUCCUCCCGAUCCAGUCGUACAUCUCCGUCGGCGCGGAGAAGAUGGCGGCCGUGAAGAAGCUGGACAACCCGCUGGGCAUUGAGGACAUCCGGGUGUUCAUUGGCGCGCUGGGCAUGCCCGGUCUGACGGCGUACUCGUCGCUGUACGAGAUCGGACAGCCCAAGAAGGGGGAGACGAUCUUCGUGUCGGCGGCCAGCGGUGCGGUCGGCCAGCUCGUCGGCCAGCUGGCCAAGCACGAGGGGCUGACGGUCAUCGGGAGCGUCGGCUCCGACGAGAAGCUCGAGUACAUCACCAAGGAGCUGGGCUUCCACGGUGGCUUCAACUACAAGAAGGAGAAGCCCGCGGACGCGCUCAAGCGUCUCGCCCCCAACGGCAUCGACAUCUACUACGAGAACGUGGGUGGGGAGCACCUCGAGGCGGCGCUCGAGGCGAUGAACAACUUCGGCCGCGUGGUCGUCUGCGGCAUGAUCUCGGUGUACAACGGCAACCCCUACCCCAUUUCGAACAUCUCGUACGUGUUGACCAAGCGUCUGACCAUGCGCGGGUUCAUUGUUAGUGACCCCGGCAUGGGCCCCAAGUACACCAAGGAGCACCAGGAGAAGGUGCAGAAGUGGAUCAAGGAGGGAUCGUUCAAGGCGCUCACGCACGAGACGGUGGGGAUUGAGAACGCGGCCGAGGGGCUGGUGGGGAUCUUCUACGGCAAGAACAAGGGCAAGGCUGUGUUGAAGUUUUAAUAAUUUACUGUUACUGAUUAUACCAUGGACUGGGACCUUAAAAGGGUCUGAAUAGAGAUCUCUUAAUGA